AUGGCCACCUCCAAGCUUGCUUGCAUUUACUCUGCCCUCACCCUUCACGACAAUGAGGUUACAGCCCUGUUUAAUGUCAACAUUGCAAAUCUCAUCUGCAAUGUGGGAGUUGGUAGACCUGCCCCAGCCGCUGGUGGUGCUGCCCCUGCUGGAGGGGCGGCUCCUGAUAGCACAGCUGCCCCAGCUGAGGAGAAGAAAGAGGAAGCAAAAAAAAGAAGAAUCCAGGAAUCCAAUGAUAACGUGGACUUUGGUCUGUUUGACUAA